AUGGCCAACGUUCGGUUUGAUCUGGGGCUGCAAAAUGUACUCGAGACAAACGUAAACAGCACAGAGCGCUUGUACAGCUUCAUUCGGAAUGCAUCGCGCCUGAAAUCGAUCGUGCACGUGUCAUCGUUCUACUCAAACUGCGAUCGUUCCCAUGUUGACGAGUACAUCUACGACGACAUUCCAUUCGGUGGCUUGGAUAAUAUGAAGUCCAUCUUGAGCCACUUGUCCGACGGGGAACGAGAAGCCCUAACACCGACAAUCAUUGGCCAGAUGCCGAACAGUUACGUCUUCAGCAAGAAGUGUGCCGAGGUGAUGAUCAUGCAACGGUUCUCCGACCUCCCGAUCAGCAUCUUCCGUCCACCGGUUGUGACACCAAGUUACCAGGAGCCCGAACCAGGUUGGGUUGACGGGUUGCAAGGAGUAACGGGAUUAAGCGUUCCUUUAUUGAAACGUACACUGCUCUGGUACUAUGGCAAUCCGGAUGCCUACUCACCGUGGGUUCCGGUUGAUUACUGUGCCUCGGGAAUCAUUGUGGCCGCCUGUGACACCUAUGAGCGGCAUCAGCAGGGCAAGGUCAUGGCAUCGUUUGAUCGAAUGCCUCCGCCACCACCAGUGUACAAUUACUGUUUCGAUCAGCAGCUUCAAACGUGGCAACAGUUUACGCGUUCUAUCUGCGCAGAGCUUCCAUCGUUCAUUGGACGGAAGCUCAGUGUGCUCAGGAAUCACAUAACACGAUGGCGCAUCAUUUCCCGGAUCACGUUCGUUGUCCUCUAUCUCCAGGCAUACCUCGGUGAUGCAGUGCUGAAAGUUCUUCGAAAGCCACAGCGCAAUGUGAGAAUCGCUAGAUUGUUGCACACACUGGCGAAUGCGUUGGAAUUCUUUCUCUGCUACAUCUGGACAAUGCGCAACGACAACGUCAAGCGGAUGCGCUCGCUACUUAAGGAGUCUGAGGCAAGCUUUCUAGAGUUUGAUGUGGAUCGUAUCGAUCAUAAGGAGUACUUUCGAUCGUACGUCGAUGGGUUGGCGAAGGAGCUGAAGCGACGAGAACAGAGAGCAAGGAGCCGAAAGUAG